AGCUCCAGUUGAAAGUCAAGAAGACUGAAACACAACUAAGCUGAUCUACACAAAUUCACCAGGUUGGAGAAAUGGCCUCAGAUACCAUGAAGGUUGCUGCUCUGGGUCGAUCUUUCACCCUAGGAAUGCUCUAUGAUGCUCGCAAAGAUCAGCUGAUCCCAGGUUUGACUUUGUGGGAUGAUAAAACUCUGAAAGAGAACACAGUUGAAAUCUCUCAGCACAGCAGUGCAUUUGAAAUUUCUGCAUCUGACUCCAUUGAAUCCAAGUCCUUUCUGCUGGAUGUUGAUGCGUCUCUGAAGGCCAGUUUCCUGGGUGGACUGAUUGAAGUUGGAGGAUCUGCCAAGUAUCUGAAUGAUAAGAAGAAAUUCAAGAAUCAGAGCAGAGUGACGUGUCAGUACAAAGCCACCACACACUUCAAGGAGUUGAAAAUGAUUAACCUUUUAACCAUGAGUUCCAAACAGACAGAUGUUAUUAGGAAGAGCUCUGCAACUCAUGUAGUCACAGGCAUCCUUUAUGGAGCAAACGCUUUCUUUGUGUUUGACAGUGAGAAGUUAGACGCCAGCAGCGUUCAGAACAUUCAGGGCAGCAUGGAAGCUGUGAUAAAGAAGAUCCCCUCAUUUAAUAUUGAGGGGAAAGUUGACAUCAAGCUGAAUGAUGAAGACAAAGCUCUGACUGAGAAAUUCUCCUGCAAAUUCUACGGAGACUUCAUUCUCGAAAGCAACCCUGCAACAUUUGUAGAUGCAGUGAAGACCUACAUACAACUUCCAAAGCUGCUGGGAGAAAGUGGGGAGAACAGUGUUCCACUGAAGGUCUGGCUGAUGCCACUGAAGAAUUUGGAUUCCAGAGCUCCUGAGCUGAUGAGAGAGAUCAGUGUUGGACUAGUGAGAAAGGCUGAAGAUCCUCUGGAGGACCUGAAUCAUCUGGAAAAAUUAUGCAACGAUUUGCUGGAGGACAAAGUGGUUCAAGAUUUUCCUCAAAUCAAUGAAAAGUUGAGAAGUUUUCAAAAACUGUGUCAUUAUUAUGAAUAUAACCUCAAACAGACCAUGGAGAAGAAACUUCCUCUCAUCCGUAAAGGUAAAGAAGACGAGAGCGAAUUAGAAAAACUCUUUGAAGACAGAGACAAGUCACCGUUCAGCCAUGACAAACUAACCAAGUGGAUGGACCAUAAAGAGAGAGAAAUCAACAUCAUCAGGUCCUGUGUAGAAAAGAUGGAGGGAACACAGAUUGUCCACAGUCAGUCAGAGCUGGACAGAGAGGUUCUUGCUGCAGAUGUAGAGGAUGCUCUGUGCUUUGUUUUCACCUCCCUGGAGAGUGCUGACCCCUGCCUUGAUGUGAUGACCAAAUACUUGGAUUCACUCACCUUAGAAUGUACCCAUGAAGACCCGUGGUACUUCUCAGAUGAAGUUUUUACCAAAAUGAGAGAAAAAGCCAAAUCUUUCUCUUAUCUUGCCAAAGCACUGAAGAGCAACAGCCGAUUCUGUUUCCUCAUAGCAGCCAUAGCAAAUAAGAAAUACGCAGGAGCAACCAUCUACCAUUACAAGGAGGGCAUUCUGGUCUCUGAGGAGUUCUCAAAGCCUGACCUCCCUCCUGUGGAGAACGUCACAGACAAAAGAGAUCUGAUCUGGUAUGCCUGUGAUCUCACCCUGGACUCAGACACUGUGAACGGCUACCUCACUCUGUCUGAGGGAAACAAAAAGGCAACAUGUGGAGCGUGGCAGACGUAUCCUGAUCACCCAGAGAGGUUUGAUACAAAUCCUCAGGUGAUGUGCAAAGACAGGUUAAAGGGGCGACAUUACUGGGAGGUAGAGUGGAGUGUCAUGUCUAUAGCAUCUGUUUACAUAGGUGUUGCAUACAAGGGAAUCGAAAGAAAAUCAAUGGAUGAACAAAGCCAACUUGGGAACAACACCAUUUCAUGGUGUUUUGGCCAAAGGGCCUCUGAAGAAAAGGAACUUCACGCAUAUCAUAAUGGUGAUGCGGGGAAACUUGAUUUUCCCUCUGGCUGCAGCAGAGUUGGGGUGUUUCUGGAUUGGCCUGCUGGAACUCUGUCCUACUACAGAGUCUCCUCUGACUCACUGAGUCACCUCUACACCUUUAAAACCACAUUCACUGAGCCAGUUUACCCAUGUUUCUGGGCUGGAAAACAAUCCAACUACGUGUACCUGCGUCCAGCUGAAUAAGAAAGACGACAAGAAACUUGUUAGAUUCUUGGUCUGUUAACAUUUAAAAUUUAAAGAGAAACUUAACACCAUAUUUUAGCUUGAACCUGCUUCACAAAUUCAAAACUGCAUUCAAACCCAGGGAGACCAGGAUAAUUGACUUUGUAAUAAAGUGACUAUAUAUGUCAUUUUUCUGAUUAUCACUUCAUGUUGAGUCUAUGCACAGCCAUCUUCUCACGUGGAUUUUUGCUUCAUCAGCUUCACAAUCAUUUUAAACUUCCACUGUUUGGUACAGCACAGAUAUUAAGUAAAUUACAACUUCCUAUUGUAAUUCCUAUAAUAUAGAGCAUAUAUCGAUACACAAUGUCAACACUCGUACGUUGAAAUAGGAAAUUGUUUUGUUAAACUUAUAAUGUUGAUUAUGUUGGGACAUAAGGUGGCUAAUGUGCCUUUUCUUCUAGUAUUGGUUAAUUUUCUUCUUUGUAUGGUAUUUCAAAAACAAUUAUAUUUGUAGAAUACAAGAUUAAUCUUUGUUUUUUGUCAAGUCUACUUAAACCUUACAUAGGGUUUAAUUUACUGUUCUGAGGAGAGAAUCACUGUUAUCACCAAGUUGUUAGAUGUUAGGCACAUUGCUGAUGGUGUACUGUCACACUGUACUGUGUUUAAAGUGAUACUCAUGGUUCAUGUCAGUAUAUAUUGAUUAACUUGUUUUGUUGAAUUUAUCAUGUAUUAUUUACAUGAUACAUAUUUACAUAUCAUAUAUCAUUGCCUCAUUGGUUCAUUUUCUUCUUUGUGCAGAAUCUUGAAAAAUCUUUUCAGAAUACAAUUUUAAUCUUUUUGUUUAUAUCAAGUCUUCACCUUAAACCUGACAUAGGACUUGACUGUUCUGAGCAGACAGUCACUGUUAACACCAUCUUGUUAGAUGUUAAACACAUUGUCAAUGUCAGAUUCCUGUGACACUGUAACACCUCUUGGAUAUGUUUAUGUUGAACAGAAUAUUCAAUAAAGUGUUGACCUGA